UAUAUUUGGCUAAUUGUUAACUCCGAGUUUUUAUUCAGUUGCCGUUGUCAUGGCUAUGGUGUGUGAAUAAUAGUGAAAAGAUUAGGCAGGCUUUUGUUUAGAGGAUUGUUGUUGGAGCACCGGUGAAGCACGCUGAAGUGUUUGGAAUGGUACAGCCCACAUGCUUCGAUCCCAGCACUUCUCCCAAGGCUGAAGUAAAAGAAUCAAACCACAGCUCAUUCUAGUUGGAGAGCAGUGCCUGUGCUAUUGGGAAUCAUGGCGAGAAGAUUGCGACUUCGCUGCCACAGGAGUAAUAGCACACUUUGUGGACUACAAUCAAUUGUCUCGAUUCUUUUUUACUGGAUUGCAGUGGUGGGCAGCAGUGAGGUGUCGGUGCCCGCGCAGGUGGAUGCCGUGCUGGGCAAGAAUAUCACGCUGGGCUGCCGGGUGGAGGUGGGCGCCAACCUGAGCCUGACGCAGAGCUCGUGGGAGCGCCGGCUGUCAACAGGCACCGUCACGCUGGCCGUCUUCAACCCCGAGUUCGGCAUCUCCGUCGCCGAUGACUACGCACACCGCGUCUCCUUUGUCAACCCCUCGAUCGGCGACGCCUCCAUCUUGCUGCAAGGCGUUGGUUUUGCCGAUGUGGGCUCCUACACCUGCAAAGUGGCCACCUUCCCCCUGGGCAACACACAGGCCUCCACCAUCGUCAACAUCCAAGUGGAGCCCAAGGUGCAUGUGCUGCCGGGCCCGUCUGUGCUGCUGGACGGCGCCAACGAGACCGUAGUGGCCACGUGCACGGCGGAGCGCGGCCCGCCCGCCCGCCGAGGUCUUCUGGGAGACGCAGCUGGACCUUCAGGGCCACUCGGAGGGUCAGCGCGAGGACGAGUCCAACGGCACCACCACCAGCCAGGUGCGCUACCUGUGGACGCCCACGCGCCACGCCCCAGGGCGAAGUCAUCACCUGCGUGGUGCGACACCCUGCCCUGCCCGGCGAGGUCCGCAGGCCCUACGAACUCAACGUCCAGUCGUCAUUGCGGGAGACUGCUGUCGAUGGUGGUGGACGAUGCGGAGGUGGUGUGGUAUGGGGUGGUGCGAAAGGCCAGAACUCUCAGCAAAUCUACGCCAGAGCCAGAGGAUGUGGAGGAUGCCAGGCUUCCCGGCUGUGGCGAACGAUUUCCAGACACAGUCUGUCUGUAG